CGCAUGAUUAAUACGUCCUAUAUUUUUCCACGUUUGGUGCGUUUUUCUUGGACACGACUUUUUCGCAAUUCUUGUAUACGCAUUCGUCAGAAAUCAUUUCUCCGUAGGAGGAAGAAAAACAUCGGGGGUAUGCAGCUAACGUUGGAAACAAGUGAGUUUUCUCGUUGUCAUAAUCGACGACAAAGAAAUGGAGAAGUUAGAGCGGUGUAACGACGCACCGUCCGACGUCCCUGGACCCUGCCACUCUCAGGCUCGACCCACUCCGUCGUCGGUAGAGGGUGGAGGUGGAACGGAGGUGCACACCUCGACAGCUGAUCGCGGUGGUGCGUCGCGGCGAGAUUGGCGCUCUCCCUGCGUUCAGUUGCAGUGCGCGUUGUGGAUCCGCUCGGUGCGUCCGCUCCGAUCCGACGGAAUCGAUCACCGGAGGAUCACCUGAGUGCAACCUUGUGCGUUCGCGGAUCGAUCGAUCCUGAACGACAUUUCCGGAGACUGUUCCGGAAAUGAAUGCGACGUUACGGACGCAGUGGUGACGGUGCGCCAGUAACCGGACGACACGAGGAGGUCGAAUCGCGGGGUGGAAUUUUGGCGGUACCGUGGCGAGGACCAGAGUGGUGAUCCGUGUGGUAACUCUUCGUACCUGAGAGACACUUCCGCUUCUAGCGAUCCGCUUGAGAAAACGAGUCUGACAAACCGAGGAUGCGAAACGUCAUCGCCGUGAUAUGAAUCCGGACGUCGCGGCGGUAGCUGAACUCACUUUUGUCCGAGGCACGAUUGGAUGAUGACUGAUUUAAAGAAUCUCACCCUGGGCAGCAGCGGAGCAUCCAGGUACAGCGGGGAUGAACAGGUGCAGUUUAUCCCAGGUGGGAGCCAGGUGACGAUCAGAUCACCCCCUCCCUCCUUACAUUUGGAAAACCUUAACAAUGCGGUCCAUGGCGGUUCGCAGAACAACCUCCACUGCAGUUGCAACGGCACCACGUCGAACGGGGCUACGGCUACGGUGUGCACCGGUGGCGUUCUGGCCAGGAAGGUGCCGAACCAUUGCGGCGCCAGUCCAGGACAGGGCAACAAGAGACCGGCGGUAGCGUUGACGCAUCUCCCAAAGAGGCCACCGGUCGACGUGGAAUUCAAGAACCUGGCCUACAGCGUGUCUGAAGGUAGAAAGAGAGGAUAUAAAACCAUUCUAAAAUGCGUAAACGGAAAAUUCAGAUCUGGAGAAUUAACGGCCAUCAUGGGACCGUCCGGCGCUGGGAAGAGCACGCUCAUGAACGUUUUAGCAGGCUACAAAACGUCGCACUUGAGCGGUUCGGUGCUGAUAAACGGAAAGGACAGGAAUCUCAGGAGAUUUCGAAAGAUGUCCUGCUAUAUCAUGCAGGACGACCGACUCUUGCCGCACUUGACCGUUUACGAGGCGAUGACCGUCUCGGCGAAUUUGAAAUUAGAGAAGGAUAUUAGCGCGACUGCCAAGAAAGUAGUGAUCGAGGAGAUUAUCGAAACGCUUGGCCUACGCGAAGCCAGCAACACGCAGACUCAGAGCCUCAGCGGGGGGCAGAGGAAGAGGCUGUCGAUAGCGCUGGAACUUGUCAACAAUCCACCGGUUAUGUUCUUCGAUGAGCCUACUUCCGGCUUAGAUAGCUCUUCUUGUUUCCAGUGUCUAAGCUUGCUCAAGUCCCUAAGCAGAGGAGGAAGGACGAUUAUAUGCACGAUCCACCAACCGAGUGCGCGUCUGUUCGAGAUGUUCGAUCAUCUGUACCUACUUGCCGAAGGCCAGUGUAUAUAUCAGGGCAACGUCGGUGGCCUAGUGCCCUUCUUGUCAUCGAUGGGUCUCGAGUGUCCGAGUUACCACAAUCCAGCGGAUUACGUGAUGGAGGUCGCCUGCGGGGAGCACGGCGAGUGCGUUCACAAACUCGUGAUGGCUGUGAACAACGGGAAAUGCAACAAUUAUCAGCAUCAUCAAGCUGCCAUCGCCGUGGCGCAGACGACGGUGUCAAACGACAUCGUCAAAGAAUCGCCGCAGGAGCAAACCAAACCGGAAGGCGCCGUUCUGAUACCGAACGGAGUCGCGAAGCCGCCGGCUGGUGCGACGAUGAUCAAUAUGCCGGUUUCCUGCACAACGUCCUUGUUGGACAGCGCGGAAAGCAUAGAACAGAAAGUUGGCUUCCCCACGAACGGUUGGGUACAAUUUUGGAUACUGCUCAAGCGAACAUUUUUGUCACAAAUGCGAGACAUGACGCUAACAAGGGUAAGACUAAUCUCGCAUAUAAUCGUCGGCUUCCUGAUUGGCGCGAUUUAUUACGACAUCGGCAACGAGGCAUCGGAGGUUAUGAGUAAUGCCGGAUGCGUCUUUUUCACAGUGAUGUUUCUUAUGUUCACCGCCAUGAUGCCUACGAUAUUAACAUUUCCGAUGGAGAUGUCCGUGUUCGUCAGGGAACACCUCAACUACUGGUACUCGGUGAAAGCUUUUUAUCUCGCGCGAACGUUGGCGGACUUGCCGUUCCAAAUGGUGUAUUCUAUAGCCUACGUGAUGAUCGUGUACUUCAUCACGUCGCAACCAUUGGAGACGGAGCGAUUUCUUAUGUACUUAAAUAUAUGCAUACUGACGUCGCUGGUCGCGCAAUCCAUCGGUCUGCUGAUAGGAGCGGCAAUGAGCGUGGAGACUGGAGUAUUCAUCGGACCCGUGAUGUCGGUCCCGAUCAUCCUAUUCUCCGGCUUCUUCAUUAACUUCAACGCCGUACCAAAGUACCUAAAGUUCCUCUCGUACGUGAGCUACGUGAGGUACGGCUUCGAGGGCGCCAUGAUCUCCGUGUACGGCUAUAAUCGGGCGAAGCUCAAGUGUUCCGACUACUACUGCCACUUCAAGAGCCCGACGAAGUUCCUCGAACAGAUGGCCAUGGAGAACGCGGUCUACUGGGUGGACGUCGUCGCCCUGCUCGGCUUCCUGCUCGUUCUCAGAGUGGUCGUUUACUUCGUGCUGAAGCUCAAGCUGCGAUCUCUUCGUUAAACGCUCCGACAGGAGUACAGGACAGACAAUAAUCGAUCACGUCAUGACUCGACAACCGUCGUAAAUUACGACCUGGAUAUCAUCAAAGAUCACACACAUUCGUAAAAGAUCAUCACGCGUGCGGAAUCAAAAACGACGAGAAAGAGAAUUGCGAGGGAUAGCUCGAUCUUGAAAGAUUGAGAGGGGUAGAAUUGUCGCAUUGACGAAAAUCGUGGCUGUGCGGAAGGAAUGUCGAAAAGAACAUUGAUUCAAACAAUCAUUUGCGAACUUUGAUAUGUGAUUUGCGUCGUUAGAGAUCGCGAGAUCUUUCUUUUAUUUUUCGUCUCUCUUUCUCUAUCGAAAUAUAAUAUUUUUUAUUAAUUCCAUUUCACGUAGCGUUGACGAAGGGUGCUUAAUUAUUACUGAUUACCGUAGUGGUGUUUGCGAUACCAAACAGAAUGAUCUCUGCCGUUGGCGAAAGAAGAGUUGACACUCUCUAUCGUACUUUGUUAAUUCGAGUAAGUAAAGUAGCUACCGGGAGUUACCGCGACGAGAACUCGAAUCUGACAAAAGGCGAAUCGUAAUCUUAGGUAGGCGUUUAAGUAAUUAGUCCAGACAGGAAUUAGGCUACCUUGAAUCGUGCGUUAACAACAGUAGGCCAACACGCGAUGCGGCAAUGCGUCAGGCUAUCAAAUUAAAGUUGCGAACGUUUAUAGCCAAUUACUACGAACUCGCCAGGAGCCUUAGGCCCAUUUGAGAUUCCGUGUCCCUCCAAUGCGCGAAACGCGAACAAACUAGAGGUUUCUAUAGGUAGGCAGGGUAGGACACACGGAUUGUUAAAACAAAUCUUUCAUUAUUCUCAUCUUACAUUAUACAUAAUCAUACAUUAUACAAUUAUAUAAUACAUUAUACAAUUUAAUUACGAGCGCGAUAGAUAUCUCGGUGGUGAACAAAUCGUAGAAUUACGAUCGUUCUCGAGCAGAAGUGAUUCGCGAAUGACACUCAGCUCGCGAAUGACGUUUCCGUAUCAACGAGACGAUAUAAAAUCGUCACGUCUCAUAUAAUCACGCAAUCAAUUUUUCUUCAUAUCGUAAUUUCGUCAACGAUUUACCUAAUAGUUAUAAUAAUUAUAAGGGGGUGAGGAAAGGCUGAGAAGAGAAAUGUUUAUUGUAAAAAGCUCACACUUGACCAAUCACUAGCUGCCUGAGCGUUGCUUCUAAGUGCGAGUACUAAGUGUUGUUACACUUAUUAUAGUAUAUAUAUGAAAAGAACUACUCAGAUGGAAAAAUUAUAUAGCUAUAUAAAGUGAAAGAUGAGAUAGAUUACGCGUCAAUGAGUAUACUUGUUUUUAAUACAAUACAUGAUUCGCGGCCUACGAACGAUUACAUUCUUGCAAAUUUAUUUAUUCAAUGACAGAUGAGACAAUAGUGAUUAAAAUUAUAUUAUAAAUAUUUUCCAUUUAUUUUGGACACGAAACUACAACAUUUUGGUCGAAAUUAUAAAUUAUAAUCGGUGCAAUUGUAAUUAACAGAAAAAUCUUGGAAAAGCGACAUAUAUAAUUCAAGAUAAAAGUUGAUUUUGCAAAUAAUAUAGAGCGUACUUUAUUUCUAAAUUAAAUUAAAAUACAUUAGUUAUGAUAUUUUUGCAUAUUACGCACAUAAAUGACCGAUAUAAGUAACAAAGAAUAUAUGUUUCAUAUUUUUAUUUACAUUAAUGAAUGAAUUGGCAAAACAACAGGGCAUAGAGUCUAUAAUUUCGUAAAAUUUGUAAUUUUUUGUAUAUUUUACUUGAUAAUUUCCUUUGUAAUAUUUUCUAUUACAUCGUAUUUGUUGAUAAUGAUGUAUCUUUUUAGUGAUUUGUUAGUUGCAUAAGUUAUAAGAAAACAGUAUUUAUAUUUUGAUAUUAUUCUUAUUUUAUUUUAUAUACAUUUAAUUACAUUAUUAUUAUACGUUACCAUAAAUCAAUUGCAUGGCAAAAAUAUAAUAAAAAUACUUAAGA